AUGAGUGGAUGGAUGAGAAUUCACCUCCAGCUAAUAUGUUGGGGAUAUGCUUUCCGAAUGCCUUCCCUUCACCACUUGAAAGUGGAUACUACCUAUUCAGGCCGUUUUCAUUUACUUCUCCUGAAGAAGACGCCAUCAGCUGGAUGAACUUAAUUCUGACAGUGUCAGGGACACUUGAGGAUGAUAAAUGCAGUGAAACAACGGAUCAAUCUGCCAUCUGGUUCUGCUCAAUAUGCCAGGAUCUUUUUGGCGAUGGCAAAGAUCUUCGUGGCCAAGGCUUCGAUACUUUCACCAGCCAUCUCUCUUCCGAAGGACAUGUAGUUACGAGGACGGAGUACCUGCCUUUCGAGGAUCAUUUACCCUUGCCGAGAUUCAGGGACGAGGAUGAGAAUCCCCCCACCAUUGUGAGAUGGCAACCAGAGAAGGCUACUCCGGAGGAGGCUGAGGCUGUAACAUCGGUCUUUUGGGACAUCAAUUUGUUUCCGCUUCCCCCUGGCUUUGAUGCUCGUCUGGUCCGUCCGUCCAUCAAUCGGUUGUUGGAAUCUCAUGGCUACUCUGCUCCUCCCAUCAUCUACGCCGUUGGCUUAUUAACAAACGUCCAUGAUGACAUCCUUCAAGCUCUCUCUUCCGCUCGAAUCACUCUUUAUUAUGCCCCACACGGUUCCACAGACAUCAAGUCGCUUAUGUCUCGCUGGAUUUCUACGAAUCCACCCCCGGCUAAUAUUUUGGGCAUAUGCGAUCCGAGAGGCUUCCCUCUACCUCCGAGUGGAUACAACAUUUUCCGGCCGUUUUCCUAUUCUUCUCCUAAACAAGACUCCGUCCUCUGGGGAAGCUCUCUUCUGGCAGCAGAUUCAGGGGCUCUUGAAGAGGAUACGUGCAGUGAAACGGAUGACUCUGCUAGCUGGUAUUGCUUAAUAUGCAAUCAUAUUGGUGGCCAAGGCUUCAAAAGUUUCACCAGGCAUGUCUCUAGUCGAAGCCAUUCAGAAAAUCGUUCACAUCAGGGAAAGUCUUCUAAGAAAAGGAGGACGUGAACAAGAGAAGGAGAAAAAGAGUACUUGGUCCAUGGUGUUGUUCUUCUCUUGUUGGUGAUUGGUUUGUUCUACUUCUAGCGGCAAAUCUUGUGUUGAUCUAUGCAUAUUUUCAAGUCGUUUUAUUUUACUUUUAUGAACUGUACUUUUUAAGUGUGUUUCAAAUUGAUCAGUAAAUGUGGCUGCGAUGUUUUUAUCGACAGUAAAACAUACAGUACGAAUGUUUGAUAGUAAUGCCUACUUAUAACUUCUUCUA